AUGGAGUCCAAACUUCACCCUGCCCUUAUCGUUUCUAACAUCAAAACGCAUGUUCUCAUUAUCUUGGAAAAAGACUCAACACAUUAUACCACCUGGAAAACCCUCUUCAAGGUGCACUGUCAAAUAUAUGAAGUGCUCGAUCACUUAUCUCCCAAACAACCCGUUCCCAAACCUACUGCCGAAUCAUCUGAUGAGGCUGCCGCCGCCAAAGCCGAGGCCGCCGUCCGUGCGGCUGAUAACUUAUGGAACCAACUGGACGCUGUGGUUCUCCGGUGGAUAUACGCCACCGUCUCUGCGCCUCUUCUACACAUAAUCUUGCAACCGGGUCAGACCACUCAUGCCGCUUGGUUCGUAGUUGAAAGUGAAUUUAAUGACAACAAAAAUACUCGUGCCAUCUUCCUCGGCCAAGAAUUUGCUAAUCUGUCUCUCGAGAACUUCUCCAACAUGGCCGAUUAUUGUCAGCAUGCGAAGCACCUAGCCGAACAACUCAAGAGUGUCGGGUCUCCGGUUGAUGACCGGAUGUUGGUCAUCAAAAUUCUCACUGGUCUUACUGAACAAUACGAUAGCAUCUCCAUAGUGCUUCAAAACCGAGACCCUUUACCGAAUUUCAACGAGGUUCGGUCACGGUUGAACAUGGAGGAACAAAAGAAGAAAUGGCAGGCCACUCGGGGUUCUCAGGCUGCCGCCACUUCUCUCGCCACAACCACCGCCACCUCGUCCAACGGUGCCUCCCAACAGCAACCUAGUUUCUUUCACCCGUUCGACAGGGGGUGUGGUCAGAGUCGCGGCGGACAUGGCCGCGGCCGCGGCAAGUCCUACUCGGGUCGUGGCUCCAACCGGUACUCCAACCAGCAACAAACCCCGACCCAUCCAUACAUUGUUUUCCCGAGUAAUUGA